UUGUAAAUUUAAAAAUAAUUAUGUUUACAUCCGAUUCAAAUAUUUUUGAAGAAUCUCAUCUUACAGAAGAACAACAAAUACCUUUGCAAACACGAAUACUCAAUUCUGUUUAUACAAGUUUAAAAGGAUUAACCGAUGAAGACCCAAUUGAAAAUAUUCGAGAUUUCGUAAACGUUUGCGGUGAAAAGUACAUAGAUAUCCAUCCACAAGAAGUGUGGCCUCAAUCGAUUUUUUUAUAUCAACAGUUCGAUGUGCAUCAAAUAUUAUUACCUGAUAAUGCCAAUUGUUUAGCUGUUCAAGCUUAUUUAAAAAUGUGCAACCUAGAGUAUUCUGUGGAGUCUCCUCCCUCUGGAAAAGUUCCUUUUAUUAAAUGCGGGGCACUUGUAAUAUCGGAUUUCGAUAAUAUAGUAUCGUUUAUAAAUAACAGAGGCGUAGGCCUAUCUCAACAUUUAACAGACAACGACAAAGCUAAUUUAAGAGCAUAUAUAUCGCUAGUUAACAAUGUCUUAUAUUAUGCAGAGUUAUAUAUUUGUUGGUGUCAUGACGAUACAUAUAAUAAUCUUACGAAAAAGAGAUAUGGUAUUGCUUAUCCGUGGCCAUUAAAUCAUUAUAUGAACUGGCGAAAACGAAAUCAGAUUAUAAAAAAGUUGAGUAUUUUUCCAUGGGCUAAAAAAUCAUUGAAACAAGUUUUGGCAGAAGUGAAAAAAUGUUGCGAUUCGUUGAGCAAAAGAUUAGCAGGCAAUAAGUACUUCUUCGGAGAUAAACCCACAGAACUGGAUGCUUUGGUUUUUGGACAUUUAUUCAAUAUAUUGACAACAAACCUUUCAUCAGAUUACGAUAUGGGUAAACUUGUACAUGACUAUCCAAAUCUCAUUACAUUCUGCGAAAGAAUUGACAAUAGGGAUCAAGUAGCCUAACAAACAAAAAAUAAGUUAAAGACAAGAAAUGUCUAAUGUGACAAAAUUUUUUUUUUUGGAAUACAUGAGAGAUUACGUAGAAAAUUUACCAAAAGGAAGUCACUGUAAUCACGAUUCAAAAAGAUAAGACUCUCAAAAGGAAAUAAAUUUUAAAUAUUUUUCAACGAUUUAACCAAGUACCUGCUUACGCAUAAUCGAUAUAACUAGAAUUAGAUCAUAUUGUACAAAUGAGGAUCUUUCGGUGGCCUACAUUAUAUCCAGUAUAAUUUUGAAGUUACUUUUUGCACAUACGAAUGUACAUUUUCACAUAAUAACGAAUUUUUAUAUAUUCUAAAAUAUUUAAUUAUUUUUUAAUUGGCGAUG